GGGCGCCUGGCCGCUUAACCUAAGCUACAGCAGCCGCAGGGGGAGGGGACAGGAAGCAGGCUCUCCUGAGGAGCCUUAGGCACGUUCAGAGCGAAGCCUUUUUGUCCCUGCGGGCUGACCGUAGCCCCGGAGAGCCGCGAUUGGUCUGGUGGAGGUGCGCGCUCUGAGGCCGCUCCUGAGCGGGGGCGCGCGCGCUCUUGGCGGGAGGCGGAGGCGAGGCCACGGCUGGUCUUGGCCCGAGGAGCUUAGAGGAUUGCUAAAAUGAGUCUACGUAAGCAAACUCCCAGUGACUUCCUAAAGCAGAUCAUAGGAAGACCAGUUGUGGUAAAGUUAAAUUCUGGAGUUGAUUACAGAGGUGUCCUGGCUUGCCUGGAUGGUUACAUGAAUAUAGCUCUGGAACAAACAGAAGAAUAUGUAAACGGACAACUAAAGAAUAAGUAUGGGGAUGCAUUUAUUCGGGGAAACAAUGUGUUAUAUAUAAGUACACAGAAGAGAAGAAUGUGAAGAUACCAGGAAAGGAAUAAUUUUUGUAUUUUCAUAUAUUUAAAAAAAAAUUUUUUAAAUUCUGUUCCUAUUUUUGUUAUAUAAAUUUUCCUGUUUUCAUUAUAGCUUAUGCACUGACUUGGGAAGGAAGUAGAGCUGUUUCAAACAUACAUAAACUAAUGGUUUCAGUUGUACAAAGUUCUUUCACCCUUUAAUUUUUGGUAACUUUUUCAUGACUGUGUCAGUGAUACAAA